AUGCUUCGUUCUAUGAUAACAUUAUUCUAUCUUAUAUGGAUAUUUAUGAGAUUAUUAUGCACAAGUACUUCAUAUCAAUUAUCAAAUAUCGAUAAUGAUCAUAUUGAAUUAACACAAUUAAUAAGUAAUGAUAAUCAAAUACGUCUUCGUUGCGAUGCUAAAAGUCGUAAUACAGUUGAAAGUUUAAUACUUUUAAGUUGUCCACUUAGUAAAACUGGUGUAUGUCGAGAAAAUUGUAUUAAUCCAUGUCCAGUAAAUGAAACGUCGACAAUUUGUAAUCAUGCUGUAACACUAGCUAUUCCUAAAUGCAUUUAUCGAUCUAUGGCAAAUGAUCAUAUACAAAUUGAAUAUUUAAUACAUUUAAAUGCUAUUAAUGAGAAAGGACAAUGGUGGUGUACAUUUCGUGGAAAACGAUCUAAUUCCGUCGAAUUGGAUUCCUACAAUAUUCAACAAAAGUUAACCACCACAAUUCAUAAAAGUAAUCUAACAAAUAUGAAAACAGUCAACAAAUAUGAAACAGUUAUAGAUAUUACAACUCCAAUACAUAUCUCACCUAAUCUGAUACAGUUAAUUAUUGGACUUGCUGGUGUUUCAAUUGCUUUCAACAUAUUCUUUUUUAUACGAUGUUAUACUAUGAAAAAUUAUUUAAAAAGUCUUCAUGUCGGUCAUUCAAGAAAUAACUGUCUUGAUCUACUACUCUGUAUAGAUCAACCUAGAAAAUUAACACCAAAAACAAGGUUAAAUUAUAUUCAACAUGUUAGUCCACCGGAAACGCCCAAAGUUACCGUUAAAUCACCUACCACAGUAGCUACAACGAUUGCAACUACAAAUGAUCAAUGGAAUGAACCAAUUAACAUGAUGACAAUGAUGCAUAGUAAUCCUUCACCAUUUGUUUAUCAUAAAUCAAAUUCUAUUCCAUCAUCACCUAUUGCUAAUUAUCCUACUCUACGCCAAAAUCAAUUACAAUAUACGCAACAAUAUCCAGGUUUAUCACAAAAUUCAUUUUAUUCCAAGCAUCCAAUGCAUAAUUCAUUAAUGAAUCCUAAUAGUAAUAAUAAUAAUGGUUCAUCCAUGGAAUUCAUUUACGAUGAAGUUCAUAAUUCUGUUUAUACAACUACAAAUAGUCAACCAAGUGAUCAUGAGAAAAGAAAAGAAACGACAUUUCAGAAAUUUACUAAUAAUACAAUUCGUACUGUAUAUGAUAUUGGUGAUUGGCUUAUAGAUCGGUCUGGACAAAUUUAUAUACCAUAUGCACAAAUUACACCAAAACCUCAAAGAAUUAUAUUAAAUAAUUUUGAUUAUUCUACAUUAAGAAAAAAUGAUUUUUUUAAAAAUCCUUCUUUAUUUAAUCUAAUUAAUGAUACAUUAAAACAAAAAAAUAAUGAUGUUGAACAAGAUACUAUGGUAACCAGUCAGCAACAACAACAGCAACAACAGCAGCAACAACAACAACAUUCUACGACAGAUCCAAGACAAACUGGGAAUUCGAAUUCGAUCAAUAGUAAUAAUACUGACACUACUACUACAACUACAACUACAACUACCACUACCACUACCACUACCAUUACUACUACUACUACUACUAAUACUACUAAUACUACUACUACUACUAAUGAUAAUAGUAAUAAUAAUGAGUCCAUUAUCAAUUCUACUGUUAAUCUUCCAUUGAUUCCAGUUAGUAACAAGACAGAUGUAUCAUUGACUAAUCAACAAUUAACUAUACAAAAUAUUCCAAUUGAAGUCAAUGAAUUAGAUAAUGUUAUUGAACAAAAUGCUAGUUCACAAAUCCCUAAUCAUUCAAUAAAGAAAAACACUAAACAAUCAAUAAAACAAACUGAAUUAAACAACAAUUCUAAAGUGUUCAAUCAAUCAAUAACAGAUAUUACUCAAACUAUUACUAAUAUAGAUCAUUCCAUUCUAUUAUGCCCACAUCAUGAAAAGCCGACCCCGACAGGACCACCAAUUAAAUUUCUUUCACGUAAAAGUCUUCCUAUUCAAUCAAAAAGAUCUUAUAUAUCUAAAACUAAUGAUAAUCAAAUUAAAAUUGAUAAUUAUCCAUUAAUUAAAGGAUAUAAAUUAGCUGAUUUAGAAGAUUGGUCUAUGAUAGAUCAAGAUUAA